UAUCCGGCUUCUCUGGCGGCGUUCGAUUCGCGUCGGGCGCGGAUCGAAGGGAGAGAACGCGCGCUAGGAAGUCCUCUGCUGGGUCGGAGCAGGGUCUCCUCAUGGCUGGAAGAGGUGGAAGAGGAAGGGGCCGGGGGGCCCACAUGACCUUCAAUGUUGAGGCGGUGGGCAUCGGGAAGGGGGAGGCGUUGCCCCCUCCCACCCUGAAGCCAUCACCCCUCUUCCCUCCGCUGGAAUAUAAGCCGCUUCCGUUGCUGGCCGGAGAGGAGGUGGAAUACAUGCUGGCUCUGAAGCAGGAGCUGAGGGGGGCCAUGAAGAAUCUGCCGUAUUUCAUCAAACCUUCGGCCCCCAAAAAAGAUAUCGAGCGCUAUUCCGACAAGUAUCAGAUGGCGGGUCCGGCGGACAACGCCAUGGAGUGGAACCCAGAUUGGAAGCAGCUACCUCCAGAACUAAAAAUUCGCGUGAAGAAGACUCGAAAACAAAGGCAGGUGGUUCCAGUUCCCAAACAGAAACCCAAAGUGCCCGCAGACAAGGAGGAAGCCAUUAAGAAGCUGGAGACGCUGGAGAAGAAAGAGGAAGAAGUGACAUCGGAAGAGGAAGAGGAGAAGGAAGAGGGCGAAGAAGGCAAGGAGGAAGAGGAGGAAGAAUAUGAUGAAGAAGAGUUUGAAGAGGAGACGGACUACAUCAUGUCCUAUUUUGACAACGGAGAAGAUUUUGGGGGUGACAGCGAUGAUAAUAUGGACGAAGCCAUCUAUUGAGGUCGUCAGUGGGCUGGCCGGUUGCAGAGGCCGCCUGGCGAAGUUUCUGGCGAUCUCAUCCUUGAGGGGUCUCGAAAGGGGUGUCCAGUCUCUAGAUCAGGGGUCUCCAACCUUGGCAACUUUAAGACCUGUGGACUUCAACUCCCAGAAUCCCUCAGCCAGCAAAGCAGGGGUCUCCAACCUUGGCAACUUUAAGACUUGUGGACUUCAACUCCCAGAAUCCCUCAGCCAGCUGGCUGAGGAAUUCUGGGAGUUGAAGUCCACAAGUCUUAAAGUUGCCAAGGUUGGAGACCCCUGCUCUAGAUGGCAUCUCUGCUCCAUGUUGCCAUUCGCCAUUCAACCUCCCAAUGAUGGAGUCUUCCUCCGAAAAGGGUCUACGUGGAGCAGAUUCUUGUGCUGCUCCGAAGUUCUCCAGGACUUUGCUUGGAAGUCUCCAAAAACAUCCAUAAACCACAAUCUUUGGAGCUGAGGGAAUGGGGUUGUGUUGGAUGACGUGACUUGCAUUGCAAUACAUGACUUAUCCUUUGUGGCCUGCGUUGGAUUACAUGACCUAUCCUCCUUGUCUUGUGUUGGAUUACAUGACCCAUCUUCCUUGGCCUGUGUUGGAUGACUUGACCUAUUUUUCUAGGCCUGCGUUGGACGACAUGACCUAUCUUCCUUGGCCUGUGUUGGAUGACAUGACCUAUCCUCCUUGGCCUGUUUUGGAUGACUUGACCUAUUUUUCUAGGCCUGCUUUGGAUUACGUGACCUAUCCUCCUUGGCCUGCAUUGGAUUCCAUGACCCAUCCUCCUUGGCCAGUCCCACCAGCAGGCUCUGAUCCAGCAGGAUUUGAGUUGCUUGUGGUCCAAAGCAGAAGAAGGGAGAAAGUUCCUCCUCAGGACUUUCUGAAUUUUGAGGAACAUCUCAAGAACUUUCAUCCAGAGCUGGAUCUGCUCUGUGGGUCAGUUUGGAUUGUCUGGAGAGUGCUGGGAGAAAAGGACCCCACUGAAGAGGGGGAUUCUGCAGAAAGGGCAGGGGGUGGAUGCCCCCCUGUUUUUUUUUUAAUUUUUGGUUCACAAUAGAGGAAAGGAGAGAAAGGGCCCUCCACAUAAAUAAGCAAGAACAUUUGAAGAUGGGUGGACUUCAACUCCCAGAAUUCCCCAGUCAGCAUGAUUCAAGAUUGGGUGGACUUCAACUCCCAGAGUUCACCUCUUCAAGCCACCACGGUUGAAAAAAAAAACGCUGGUUUAGCCCCAACUUGAGGAAAGAGGAACCCAAUUUUGUAGACACGAGUUUGGAGUGAUUUUUCAGGUUUUCAUUGCUGUCGGAAAAAUAGUACAAUUUGUGCUGUAAACUCGAGAUAUUUUUCUGGAUCCUGAAGCUCAUCAGCUGCCAAAUUGAGGCCUUUUUUUGGGGGGGAGGUGGGAGAGGUGGGGUGUUUGCUUUCAUGAGUUCUCUUCUUUUAAAUGCGCUUGCAAAAUUUCAGAUUGCAAUUUAAACCUCUGUUUCAUGUUUCUCCAACUUCCCCUUUCGGCAGAAAUGAGUCUUUGGGCUUAACCUUGUGAAUUCGGGGGUGAUGCCCGUGUCAAUCUCCUUUGACUUAAAAGAAAGUCAGAAGUUGGAUAUUUAUACAAAGGGGCCUCUGGGUGCCAUGUUUGAUCCGGAAAUAAAAUGAUAGGAGGAGUUUGCCAUCUCUUGUAGCUCAAAAUUGCCCACCUGCCCAGGUGGAGGUUCCAGGUGGAAGGGAGUGAGUGUGUAGGACCCUGGUUGGGGGUCACGCCACCCCGAUUUUUUCUGUCCAAGGUCUCCCUGGCCCUUUGCUUCCUGAAGGGGAAAUAGAAGAGGAAUAGAAUAGAGCUGGAAGGGACCUUGGAGGUCUUCUAGUCCAGCCCUCUGAUCAAGCUGCCGUUCAAAUGAUGAAUAGGAAUUUCUGGGCAGGUGUGAAAUUUGGCUGGGCCAAAAGCUUGCAAAGUUUUGGGCCUAAUAUAGGUAGCCCUCGACUUACGACCACAAUUGGGACUCUUUUAAGCCGUGUGGUCAUUAAGUGAGGCACCAUGUGACUGCAGCAGAUCCUCUUUUUUUUUUUGCCAUGGUUGUUACCCAAAUCACCCAUGCUCAUGAACAAGAUACAGGCAGACUUAACGACUGUUUUGUUUAAGGGACCAUUUGGAGUUGUGACAGCCCUGAAAAAAAAAAGCGAAUUUUGUGAGCAUUUUUUUUCACACGACCGUUGCGGUAACCCCACGGUCACGUUGAUCAAAAUUCAGAUGCUUGGAAAACUGGUUCAUAUUUAUGACAGUUGUAGUGUCGCCGGAUCAUUAACAGACUGACAGAGUUGGAAGGGGUCUUGUAAGGUCAUCUAGUCCAACCCCCUACCCAAGCAGGAGAGCCUACACCAUUUCUGACAGGUGGCAGUCCAGGCUCUUCUUGAAAGCUUCCAAUGUUGAAGCUCCCACAACUUCUGAAGGCAGCUUCUGUUCCAUCGGUUGAUUGUUCUCACUGUCAGAAAAUUCCUCCUUAUUUCCAGGUUGAAUCUCUCCUUGAUCAGUUUCCAUCCAUUAUUCCUUGUCUGGCCUUCGGGUGCUUUGGAAAACACCUUGACCCCCUUCCUCCUCUCUAUGGCAGCCCCUCAAGUAUUGGAAGAUGCUCUCCUGUCUGCCCUGGUCCUUCUGUUCCGUAGACUAGCCAGGCCCAGUUCUGCAACCGUUCAUCGUAUGUUUGAGCCUCCAGUUCCCUCAUCAUCCUGGUUGCUCUUCUCUGCACUCUUUCUAGGGUCUCCCCAUCUUUUUUAUAGUGUGGUGGCCAAAACUGGAUGCAGGACUCUAGGUGUGGUUUUGUGACCUCCUGACCAGCAAAGUCAAUGGGGAGGGAAGCCAGAUUCGCUUAACAAUCCUGCUACUAACUUCACAACCGCAGCAGUGAUUCCCUUAACGACUGUGGCAAGAAAGGUCGUAAAAUGGGGCAAAGCUCACUUAACAACUGUCUUGCUUAGCGACGGACAUUGGGGGCUCAAUUGUGGUUGUAAGUCGAGAACGACCUUUAUCAUAGGGCUGCGACGUCCGACUUCCUGCCGUCUUCCCCAUUGCUUGUCGGAAGCCGGCAGGGAAAGGUUGCAAAUGGUGAUCUGCAGGACACCCGAAAUGUCAUUGGUGUAAGCGUUUUGCCGAGUGUCCAAAUCGCAGUGAGGGGACCAUGGGAACGCCGCAACUAUCACAAGGGCGAGGGUCAGCUGUACGUCACUUUUUCAGCACCGUCAUAACUCUGAACUGCUGUUAAACGAAUGGUCAUAAGCUGAGGACGCUGUUUCUACAGCUGGUUCUCUGCCCAGUAAAUUAAUCUCUUUUUGAUUUGGCUUUUGGGACCUGACCUGCUGACCUUAAUCUCCACUUUCCAACGCCAGCCUUGUAAGGAAGGCCUGUGGGAAGCCGCUGCUCACUCCUACGGGGACAGGACAGGUUGUGGCUGAGGGUGCUGAGUCAGUCGGGACUUCUGGUCUCGGGAACCUAAUUCAAAAAAGGAAGCAUCUCGCCCAAAACAGGAACUUGGGAAGGGUGAACGGGUAGUGGUACUGCUUGCACGCAUACACACAAAAAAACCCCCAGUUUCCAGAGAAUUUUGGCUGUUGUUUUUUACAAUUGAGACAACACAUUUAAAAGGAAAUCCUCCCUAAAAGGGAAUCUCUCCCGGAGAUUCGUAGGAUUCCCGACCAUCGUAACUUUCGUCGCGCCCUAAAAAGAUUAUUAUUUCAAGAAGCAGGGCUGGCCUAAAUAAUAAUAACAUUUUACUAUUUUAAUGGGUUGUUUUAUUAGAGUGUUUUUUGGCCAAUUUAUUUAAUUGUUUUAAAUUGUUUUUAAUUUUUAUAUUGUCAUGGUUUUAUUUUUGGCUGUACACCACCCUGACUCCUUUGGGAGAAGGGCGGUAUAGAAUUUUUUUUUUUUUUUUAAUUUGAUUUAUAUGCCACCCUUCUCCGAAGACUCAGGGCGGCUUACAAUGUGCUCAGCAAUAGCCUUCAUCCUUUUUGUAUAUUUAUACAAAGUCAGCUUAUUGCCCCCACAACUGGGUCCUCAAUUUACCUACCUUAGAAAGGAUGGAAGGCUGAGUCAACCUUGAGCCUUGGCGAGAUUUGAACCCUGCAGUAAUUGCAGGCAGCUGGUUUUAAUAACCAGCUUAAUAACAGGGUGCCUUAAACCCCCGUACUACCAAGGCUCUUCAAUAAUAUAAAUAAAUAAAUUCAAUAAUAUAAAUAAAUACAUACAUACAUACAUACAUACAUACAUACAUACAUACAUACAUAUAUACAUAAAUGGUUGGUUGAAAUUAUUGUGUCUGGACCGACCACUUAAUCGGGUUAUAAAUCAACUCUUCUCUUGGGUUUUUAAUACAAUAAAAUUAACCAGUUAUAGUUUUCGACUUACGGCCAUUUUGUUUAGCAGCCAUUCAAAUUUAGGACAGCACUGUGACUUACAAUUGUCUUCGCUCUUACAACCAUCACAGUGUUCCCACAGUCAUGUGAUCAAAAUUUGGGAGCUGACAAGUAUUUACGACAGUUGUCUGGGGGUCACAAUACAGAUAAUUCUUGCCGUAUAUAUCAAAGGCCUGGAGACCAAACCAUGUGACGAAUGGCUGCAGAUUUUGGGUUUGGCUAGUCUUAAAAAAAAGAAGAAUUAGGGGUGACAUGAUAGCAGUCUUCCAAGAUUUGAGGGGCUGCCACAAAGAAGAGGGGGUCAAAUUAUUCUCCAAAGCACCUUCAAGGCAGGAGAAGAAUUGUAUUGUUUCCUAGUAUGAUUUGAUUGCUUAUUAGUAUCCUAUGACUAUGACUAAGUCUUGUAUCUUACGAUUCUUGACGAAUAUAUUUUAUGUUUUCUUUAUGUACACCGAGAGCGUAUGCACAAAUUCCUUGUGUGUCCGAUCACACUUGGCCAAUAAAGAAUUCUAUCUAGUCUAGACAGAAACAAUGGAUGGAAACUAACCAAAGAGAGAAGCAACCUGGAAUUAAGGAGAAAUUUCCUCACAGUGAGAACAAUUAACCAGUGGAACAGCUUGCCACCAGAAGUUGUGGAUGCUCCAUCACUGGAAGUUUUCAAGAAGAGACUGGACAGUCACUUAUCUGAAAUGGACUAGGAUCUCCUGCUUGAGCAUACACAUACAUACACCGUAUUUUCUGGAGUAUAAGAUGCACUUUUCCCCUCCCUAAAAGAGGGUGGAAAUGUUGAUGCGUCUUAUACACCGAAUACAGCCAUUUUCGGCCUCCCGAAGCUCCACCCCGCGCGUCCUAUUUUUGCAAAAAAUGGGCCCGUUUUUCACAAAAACUGGAUGCACAGAGUGUUUGGGAGGCCUGCAGAGUGCUCCUGGGGCCUGGGGAGGGCAAAACUUCUUUUUUCUUACUUACCUCUUCAAAAUCUUGGUGCGUCUUAUACAUCGGUGCAUCUUAUAGUCUGAAAAAUACGGUAAUAAUACAUAAAUACGUACAGGUAAGUCAACUCACAACCAACAUUGAGCACAUCCGUUGCCAAGCAGGGCAGUUGUUAAAUUACUUUUGUCCCAUUUUAUAACCUUUCUUGCCCCCGGUUGGUAAGUAAGUCACUGCAGUUGAUAAGUUAGUUAACCUGGUUGUUAGGGGAAUCUGGCUUCCCCAUUGACUUGACUUGUUAGCAGGUCGCAAAAGGGAAUCACGGGACGCUGCCACCGUCAUAAAGGCGAGUCACUUGAGACUCAGAUUUUUAUAGUAGUUGGAACGUGGUAUGAUUGGAUCCAGAAAUGAUGGGAGAGAGAGAGAGAGGAUAAUGUUGGAUUAUAAUUAUGGAUGAUAGUAUAAUUAUGGUAAUAAGUAUUGGAAAUGUAAAUUUGUAUAUAAGAAUAUGUAAAUAGUUUCUAUUUUUACUUUCUGAUUAUUGGUGUAUAUAUACAUGGAUAUUUUGGUGAUGUUACACCGUGAUAGAAAAACUAUUAUACAUUUUCUUUUUGUUUUUUUGAACGAUAAUAAAAAUUUAUUUAAAAAAAAAAGGUGAGUCACUUGCUGAGCGUCCCAAUUUUGAUCGCACGGCCAAAGGGAUACUGCAAUGGUCGUAAGUGUGAAAAAGGAUCCUAAAUCACUUUUUUCAGUGCUGUUGUAACUUCACACGUUCACUAAAUGAAUCCAGCAUUACCUGUAUGUCAUAUGCUUACGGUUGUAACCUGAGGACUGCCUGUGUGCCCUUCAUAGUAAAAGCCAUCCAUUAUCUGAUCGAAUGUGCUUGAACAAGUCAUUUUAUGACCCCUGGAAUAUUCUUCCUGAGUAAAUUAUUCUCUAAUUA